AUGAAUUCUAUUAACAUGUUCGAAAUGUACGAUGUUGCUGAUUUCACAUCUUUAAACCAAGGAACACAGGACCAUAGUGACAAUGAAAAUGAAGAACUCUUGGCUGCCUAUGACCAGUAUUUAAAUAGGUGUGUGGACAUUCAGGACUAUGAACACAUCAAAACAAUCAACGAAGGCACCUACGGAGUUGUCCACAAAGCAACCCACAAGCAGACAGGAGAAUUAGUUGCUGUAAAGUACCUCAAGUGUUUUGACUCCGAGGAAAGAUUCUCCAUCGCCGCUGCAAGAGAGCUCAAGUUCUUAAUGAAUUUGUGGCACGAAAAUAUCGUUCUGGUGCACGAGCUAGCGAUGGGCUCAAGUAGGAGUGAAAUGUUUAUUGUAAUGGAAUAUCUGCCCCAUCAAAUAAGAAGUCUCCUGGAUACAGUGCGCAACAAAAGACAACGGUUUGGCCCAGAACAUAUACAUUGUUUGAUGACGCAGCUCAUAAGAGCCAUGGCGUAUCUACAUCAGAACCGGGUCAUGCACAGGGAUCUCAAACCUGAAAAUAUACUAAUGUGUAAAGAUGGUUAUUUAAAAGUGGCAGAUUUCGGCAUGGCCCGAGAAUGUAAACAACCUCCUCGGCAAUAUACUCCGGGCAUGUGUUCACUGUGGUAUGGGGCGCCAGAACUACUCCUUUUAAGCAAAGAAUACUCCACUUCUGUCGACAUGUGGAGUAUCGGCUGUAUAUUCGCCGAAUUCAUUAACAUAUGGCCACUGUUCCUGGGCGAAUCGGAAACUGAUCAGUUAAAGAAAAUUUAUAAGGUACUAGGCACGCCGUCAGACACCGUUUGGCCUGGUUACAGUACCUUGCCAUUAGUUGGAGACAUAACAUUCGACGAGUAUGCACCGAGCGGGUUGCGUAAAGAGUUAAAACACAAAAUACUUUCCGAUAGCGGAUUUGAUUUACUACAAAGAAUGUUAAUAUAUGACCCAAAAAGACGUAUAAGUGCAAAGGAAGCUUUACGACAUAAAUAUUUUGAUAACGAACCGGUGACGAUAAGUCCAGAUGAGUUUCUUAAAUCUCUGGAUUUAGAAGAUGAUCAUGAGGAUACAGAGUCUAACACAAGAUCCGGCUCUGAAGGCGACGAGCAGUCCGACUCUGACACAGGAGACGACGAGCAGUCCGGUUCUGAUAUGGAAGAUGAAGAAAAGUCCGGCUCUUCAGGAGAAGAUCUCACUUUUUAA